GCCGUGCACGCGCGUGGUACCCACGGUCGUGAGGAAGGAGGAGGAUGUUGCGCGUGAAGGGGAAAUGGCUGCCGAAAACAAGCCGGAAGGACUGAAGAAAGUUCGUAAUCCGGAUCGAAUGUACAGAUCAGCAGUGUGUUAUGCUGGCCAUGGUCCACCUAAGAGUAUCAGUGAUGACACAGAGACGAACAAUGAACAUGGACAUUUGAAAAUAUACCUGCCCAAGAAGCUGCUUGAAUGUCUACCAAAAUGCACGUCGCUGCCGAAGGAGAGGCACCGGUGGAACACUAAUGAGGAGAUUGCAGCUUACUUGAUAACAUUUGAAAAGCAUGAAGAGUGGCUAACGACAUCCCCUAAAACAAGGCCGCAGAAUGGGUCGAUGAUACUGUACAACAGGAAGAAGGUGAAGUACAGAAAGGACGGCUACUGCUGGAAGAAGAGAAAAGAUGGGAAGACCACGCGAGAGGAUCACAUGAAGCUGAAAGUGCAGGGAGUUGAGUGUCUAUAUGGCUGCUACGUCCACUCCUCCAUCAUCCCCACCUUCCACCGCAGGUGCUACUGGCUCCUCCAGAACCCUGACAUUGUGCUUGUCCACUAUUUGAAUGUUCCAGCCAUUGAGGAUUGUGGGAAACCAUGCGGACCGAUCCUGUGUUCCAUCAAUACUGAUAAGAAAGAAUGGGCCAAAUGGACCAAAGAGGAGCUGAUUGGACAGCUAAAGCCCAUGUUUCAUGGCAUCAAGUGGACUUGCAGCAAUGGGAACAGCAGCUCUGGCUUCUCAGUGGAGCAGCUAGUGCAACAGAUUCUGGACAGCCACCAAACUAAGCCACCUCCCCGGACUCACAACUGCCUCUGCACGGGUACCCUGGGUGCAGGGAGCAGUGUACACCACAAAUGCAACAGCGCCAAACACCGUAUCAUCUCCCCUAAAGUGGAUCCUCGUUCUGGGGGAUACAGCAGUGCACAUUCUGAGGUACAAAACAAUGAUGUGUCCGAAGGGAAGACCGAACACAGUGCCCACAGUGGAGGAAAAAGCUCUGGGGGGGGAGGGGGAGGGGGCAGUUCCAGGGAGAAACGCAAUGGUAAAGUCCACAAGCCUGUCCUCCUGCACCAAAACAGCACAGAAGUGUCGUCCACCAACCAGGUGGAAGUCCCUGACACCACACAGAACUCCCCAGUGUCCAUCAGCAGCGGCCUCAACAGCGAUCCAGAUAUAGCCGACAGCCCUGUGGUGACAGGGAUGGCCCAUGUUCCCUCCGUCAUGUCUGGCCUGUCCCAGAGUGUCUUCAUGUCUGAGGUCACCGGAGAACCCGUCUAUAGCAUGUCUCCAACUGGGGGUCCCAGUGCUCACCUUUUGGGUGCAGAUGCUACUUCACAGGGCUUGGUGCUGUCCAUGACCGCUGAUCGACACAAAUUUGCCUUUCCCGGAGGAGGAGGAGUAGGGGAACCUGGGACUACCACGGCAGGAGACAGUCUGUCUAUGUUGUCUACAGCGGGUGUGUCUGAAGAACUGGUGCUAACCAGUAGUCUCGAUACUGGAUCCAUCAAGCUUCCAGAGACUGAUAUGAACUUUGAUCCUGACUGCUUCUUGAACAACCCCAAACAGGGCCAGACCUACGGCGGCAGUGCUCUGAAGACAGAAGGCAACUCAUCCUCAACAUCUUCUUCCUCCAGUGGCAGUAGUAGCAACAAUGGGAGUCUCCAGCGCUCCCCCAACAUGUCAAACAAUAACUACCCCUUCAGCUCAGUUCUCGUGAAGAAUAUCAAGACAGAAGACACAUCAUUUGAGCAGCAGAUGAAAGAAAGUGGUUACCAGGUCGGGGGUGUAGUAAACUGUGGUGGUGGUGUGUCAUCUGGUGCUGGAUCAGGUCAAGGCAGCCUUAGUCUGACCCCAACAGGCUCGCUGCUUCCUUCAGGAGGGGGGCUUAGUCCCAGCACCACUUUGGAGCAGAUGGAUUUUAGUGCCAUUGAUGCCAAGCAAGAAUAUACUUCCAGUGCUACCACAGUGAGCUAUGGUCAGGCCAUUCCUAGUCCACAUAUGCAACACCAGAAUCGUUCGCCCAGCUUCUUCCUUCAAGAUGCUUCUCAAACCAGCCAGACACAGCAGGGUAGGUCAAGCAUGGGCCAGAAAUCACAUCUGAUGGAGCACAACUCCCUUGACUCUGGAGCUUAUAUGGGACUGCAAGUGGUAAAAACGGACUCCCCUGGUAGCAAUGGCCACAUUCAUCAUCACCACCAGAGCCAGAUGCAGCACAGGGCAAAUUGUAACGGAGGUUCACCCACAGAGGGGUCCGGACAGGCAGGUUCCCUCCAGCUGCUUCACUACCAGGGGCCAUUUCCUGGGCUGGGGACAGAACAUGAAGAGGUUGUUGGACUAGAGCAACCCGGUAAUGUGAAUUCAGCUCAGACUGGAUCUACGGAGAAUGGAGGUGAGAACCUCCUCAAGCCAGGGGAUCACAUUCAGGCAUGUGGAGCAGGAAACAGAGAAGGAGGGAGAUCAGAGCACUAUCUGCAACAGGCUUCAGAUGGUAGUAACGGUGGGGUACGAGCUACAGGUGAAGGAGUAACAAUGCAUAAUGGAAACAGUGAUGGGAGUAACCGCACCCAGCAGCUACAACCUCUCCUCCAAGGCACAAGUAUGGUGCAAGGACUCUACAAUGCAAUUGGAGCCCAUCAAGGUAUGAGUGGAGCAGCUAGUAAUGGAGGAGCGGGUGGGACUGGCAUAGAGAUCAGUCUGGACCACUUUGACAUCUCUUUUGGUAACCAAUUCUCUGACCUCAUCAAUGACUUCAUCUCAGUAGAUGGCAGUGGAACUGCCAUGUCUGCUGGAGGUGCCCUGUAUGCUCACCAGCUAGUCACAUCUCACAAUGCUGAAAAUCAGAACACAGCCAGUGGGCCACCCCAGCAGGGGCAGGAGGAUGGAGUAGCCAGGGGCUCGGGCUACAGCCCCUCAGAGCUCUGCCUUCAACCUUGCUGCAGCCCGCAGUCUCUAAGCGGAGGUGCAGGAGCAGGAGGCAACACCGGAGAAGCUGGAUCAUUGUCCUACAUGAAUGUUGCAGAGGUCGUUUCUGCAGCUGUUGCCCAGGGGGCUUUGGGGAUGUUACAAGCCACAGGCCGCCUCUUCAUGGUCACUGACUACUCCCCAGAGUGGUCCUUCCCUGAGGGUGGAGUGAAGGUGCUGAUCACUGGUCCAUGGCAAGAGGCCAGCUCAAAUUACAGCUGCUUGUUUGACCAGAUCUCAGUUCCAGCCUCUCUCAUCCAGCCAGGGGUACUGCGUUGCUACUGCCCAGCUCAUGAUACAGGUCUAGUGACACUACAAGUGGCCAUAAGUAAUCAGAUUAUCUCCAGUUCCGUGGUGUUUGAGUACAAGGCUCGGGCUCUCCCAUCACUGCCAUCCUCUCAGCAUGACUGGCUUUCACUGGAUGAUAACCAGUUCAGAAUGUCAAUCCUAGAGCGCUUGGAGCAGAUGGAGAGGAGGAUGGCAGAAAUGGCCAGCCACCAGCAGACGAGCAGUGCGGGGAGUGGCGGAUCUGGGGGAGGAACAGGAGGAGGAGUUGGGGUUGGGGGAGGAGUGGGAGGGGGUAGUGGAGGAGGCGGUGGAGGAGGGAACAACAGUCAGUCACAGUGUGCAUCUGGCCAGACGCAGGCCAGCAGCUCCUUUGAGAGCCGUGUUGUAGUAGUCUGUGAGAAGAUGAUGAGCAGAGCUUGCUGGGCUAAGUCCAAACAUUUAAUCCACUCCAAGACCUUCAGAGGGAUGACACUCCUUCACCUAGCUGCUGGCCAGGGCUACGCCACCCUCAUUCAGACACUCAUCAAAUGGCGCACUAAGCAUGCUGAUAGUAUUGAUUUGGAGCUAGAAGUGGACCCUCUAAACGUUGAUCACUUUUCCUGCACACCUCUGAUGUGGGCAUGUGCACUUGGUCAUCUAGAGGCAGCAGUGGUCCUGUAUAAAUGGGACAGGCGGGCCCUUGCCAUCCCCGAUUCCUUGGGUCGCCUGCCUCUGUCAAUCGCUCGCUCUCGUGGCCAUACCAAGCUGGCUGAGUGUCUGGAGCAACUGCAGAGGGAAGAGCAGCAACCACCAGCCCCUCUGCCUCCCACAACUCGCAUGUCUUUCUCCCCAACCCCUGACGCACCCACCUCCGACAGCUGGAUGGUCAGCUGGGCAAAUGACAGCAUAGUAGCUCCCACUGGCAAGAAAGGAGGUCCUGCUAAUACAAUAACCACACCCAGCACCGCCAGCCCCAACCCAGAUUUAAGGCGGCCAAGAUCAGAACCUUCUAACUGCUACAGCAGCGAGGGCCAAAGAGACCUUCCAUUAGCUAAAAAACAUAAACCUAACCCAGAAUUAUUUAAUAAUCGACCUGACAAGCCCAUGUCUGUUCCUCUGAGCCUGGAGCAGCAACAUAUCCACAAACUGUCCUCUAGCACUAAGAGCGUGUCUUUGGAAGGCCUGAGUGCAGACAAAAGUCUACCAACAGGAGGCAGUACUGGGACAACCAGAUGGACCUCCAGAGAGAAUUUCUCCCACAGCAGCCUCGGGAAGAAGGCACUGGGGAUCAGUGGCGGCAGCAGUCUAGGAAAGGAGAAGCUGGUCAACCGACUGCGGCAGCGGGAGCAACUAGGCAUGCUUGUUAUGGCAGACAGAGAAAUGGCAGAUUCAGAACUUCUAUCAUAUCGCGAAGACCUGGAGAACCAGGACUGUCUCACUCAAAUGGAUGACCUACAGGUAAAUAUGAUGACUCUGGCAGAGCAAAUCAUUGAAGCAACUCCAGAAAGAAUCAAAAGGGAGAACUUCAGUGCUGCAGACUCUGGGCCUUUAGACACAUCAGCAGUCAGCACCACUAUGAACUGGCUAGCCAGCUACCUGGGAGAUGUAGAACAGCUGCCAAGCAUCAUACACCUACGAUCUCUGUACAAUGAACCACUGACACCAUCAUCUAACCCUAACCUGAGUCCUCGGGGGUCUCCGCUUAGAGAGGGCCCAUUGGAGAGAUCUGUGGUCCCUUUCCCAUCUGACUGGAGUGAGUUCAUCAAUGCCUCCAACAGCAAAGUGGAGCGAGACUUGGCCCAGCUGACUCUGUCAGAUCCUGAGCAGAGAGAGCUCUACGAGGCCGCCCGAUUGGUCCAAACUGCCUUCCGCAAGUACAAGGGGCGGCCACUCCGGGAGCAACAGGAAGUAGCUGCUGCUGUUAUACAACGUUGCUACAAGAAAUAUAAACAGCUAACAUGGAUAGCCCUAAAGUAUGCACUUUAUAAGAAGAUGACGCAGGCCGCCAUCCUUAUCCAGAGUAAAUUUCGCAGCUACCACGAACAGAAGAAGUUCCAGCAGAGCCGGAGGGCAGCCGUGCUCAUUCAGCAAUACUACCGCAGCUACAAGGAGUUUGGCAAGCUUAAGCCCCAUCACCGUGGGGCUGCUGCUGCCCUGGUGCAGCACAAACUGAGAGGGAGUCUGCUCACAAAGAGGCAGGAUCAGGCUGCAAGGAAGAUUAUGAGAUUCCUACGACGCUGCCGUCACAGCCCCUUGAUGGACCAUAGACUGUUCAAGCGGGGUGAAAGAAUUGAAAAGGGCCAGGGAACAUGAGACCGCUCAGAAGAGCCCCCUUGCGAUGUGACAUCACUCUCCUGACUCCUCUUUUCUUUUUUGUUUGUACCUGAGACAUUUUACAAGAGAACAGAAUGAAAAAAAACACCAGUUUAAGCACUGCUGUUAUUACUACUACUAGAGCAGUGCUACAGAUUCAACUACUAUUACGUUGUACGACAGCUAUUUUUUUCUUCAACAUGUGUAUUCUUUCCACUGACUUGGUGACUUCUGCAGGAUUAUAAACUAAAAAAAACAGGGGCAACGGGUGCAGAACAUUGGCUUCACGGCAUCUUUUGCACUUUUUCAUGGACUGCUUUUUGGGUUUUUUUUAGCUAUGGAGAAAUUUUGGACAGUGAUGAAAGAUGACAGAGGACAGGUGGUCGAUCAAACAUGAGGACCUCGAGAGAUGAAAGUUAGGGCUGUUGCAGAAAAUCUCAAAGGACAAGGAGACCAUGCAGAAACACUCUGGGCUUUUAUUGUAUUCCAUGUUUUUUUUUUAUGACCAUUACAUUGGCUCAAAGACAGAUUUUUUUAACAUAUUGACAACCUUCAUGCCCACUUUUAACCCGUUGCCAGUGAUUUAACAAUAUCCAUUUUAGCUUAGCAUUCUUUCCAGUCCUACUUUGCUCUACCCCACCAGUCUGCCCACCCAGGUGGAGUUAUAAAUGAAUGUAGUGGGGUUUAAACAUUCAUACUGAAGCAGAUUGGGGAUAAAACAUGUUGUUUUAAAAAGACACUAUGCUUUAUUGUGUAUAUAUAUAUAUAUAUAUAUAUAUAUAUAUAUAUAUAUAUAAAGUCCCUUUAUUACUUGAAUUUGUUUCAUAUCGUGCAUUGUAUUCCCUCCAUUAAGUCCAAUGUAUUGGUGAGCUGUAUCUUCAGGCUAUAUGUUGUCAGAUCCUAUCAAGAAAAAAAAUGCAUGACUUCUUGACAAAAAAGUAUUUGCUUGUGUGAUUAUGGUUUAGUCCUACAGUCUUUCUUCUGAUUUUCAUUUUUUGCCAUCAUCCCACUUCAUAAGAGCCUUCAUUAGUUCUGUAAUUUAGCUAAUCUCUGAGUUCUCCCAGUUAUUUUUCUGUCUUGGUUGUUCAAUUGAUUACGCCUCUAACUGAGGGAAACAAAACCUCCAUAUGUUGUGUUGUAACCCUUAUGGUCAUGCAGGUUAUUAUUGUUCUUUUAAGUUGAACUCCGGAGCCUCUGCAGGAUUUUGAGGGAAAGAUCACAUACAUUGCCUUGACGUCUUAGAGAUUCUUUGUGGGGUCCCUAAGCUUGUCCCAAAAUAGGGGUUUGACAAAUCCAUAUUUUUUGACAAUUGAGUGAUUUCUGUAUAUAAAAGAAGGCUGCGAGAUGUAGGGGAAAAAAUAAACAUGUUUCCUUACAAGGAUUGUAUUUUAGAAAUAUAUUAUUUUAUUCAUUAAAAAUGGGUCGAAAACAGGUACAAGACAAAAACAGAAUAUUUGUAUAGUUUUGUUUGAAUGCUGAAGAAGUAUGGUUCUAUUGUUUGUACAUAGUGUAAAUAUCUGGGAUAAAGAUGAGCUAAGUGCAUGAAAAGUAUGAACAAAGUUAAAAAGGGGGAAAAAAAACUAAUGCAGUAGUGGCUAUGCUCUGUAAAAUUAAAAAUAUUUCACUAUUAGAGUAUUUCACUUUAUUUUGAUUGUUCCGGAGACAAACAUUUUGCUAAAGCAUGAUAUUAUUGCAUAUGAAAAACAAAAAAAAAAUAAUGUAUUUAGUGUUAGGAGAGGUCUUUAAAUCCACUAUGGUUACUUUCAUUUUUUUGUUAUUAUCUGUUUAGUUUUGGCUCCCAAGGAACUUUUGCCAAUGGUGCCAAGGUAUAUGAUUGCUAUGAAGCUUAACAAUUUAUUUAAGUUCAUUUUUGCAGGACAGAUAAUCAUACAGUGAAAUACACACUAAGGAACAAAAACCAUAAUAUCACAACUGGCUGAGGAUUGAAGAAAACAAGACUUAAAAAACGACUCAUAUCCAAAGAGAGGGCCUUUUGGUGUAAAUUUAUCAUGUUUCCACCACCCAUAUAACAUAUAUACACCAUAUCAUAUAUGUGCUUGAUUUUUGUUGUCAGUGAAAAGGGAAUGUGAUGUUUAUUGAGGUUUCUUGUUUGAACUCAAAGAUUGUAAAUGGGUGUCUUUCCCAUUUGGAUCCCAACAAAGCAAUCCAAGGUAUUGCUCUCUAUCAAUGAAACAGAUGGAAUUCAUCAUCUCAGCUGCAUAAUCUGAUCCAGCAAGCUUUGAUUUACAAUUCAUAAAUUGAUAUUUGUAAAAUGAUGGCAUUAUGUACUGCGAAAGACUAUUGCACAGCAUGUGUUUAUAAAGAAAUAUUUCCAGUAUAGGUUACCAGAAGCAGAUCUUGUAUUCUGCAGUGUGAUCUUUGUGACAUAAACAAAAAUGGGACCAUGAUGAAUAAUUUCCAAACUGUUCCUCCCAUCCAUAAUACACAUAUUAUAUAGAAUUCUACUGAAAAACAAAGCAAACAGAAUAAUUAUGCGCACUCUUGAAUAAAUUCUUUGAAGGCGGAUAUUGAAUCGAACGUUGGUUUAACUUUCGCCAUGCCACAUCCCGACUUAAUAUUUGCCCACUCUACUGUGCAUAAAGUUUCCAAAUCUCUCAGCUAGUGAGAACAUAUCUUGUCCAUAGCCCUCUUCAGAUGAACCCACAGAGUUUCUGCCAGAUUUUGUUCAAGACUCUGACUAAGCUAUUUAAAAACCAUGCGAACAAAAGUCCCCCCACAUAAUGAUUUUGCCACUCCCGUCGUUUGUGGCACAAAAGUACAAUUUCUGUUCUUCAGUCUAAUAAAUUUUCACCUAGAAGGUUUUAGGACGUUUUUUAACCAGAACUAGAUGUUUUUAUUUGAAAGAAAAUGCAACUGUUUAGCAACCCUGCUCCUUAUUCCAGAAAUAAAGAGAAUCUAGGAACAUUUAUGCAUAUAGAAGUCACUCAGUACUCUGAAAUUAUUGUAGUUCAUUCAGUGUUCCUAUCAGUCUCUGUCCCAUAUUUUCCUUUGUUAUUGAUCACUGCCCUCAUAGUGUCAUGAUUUAUACACAUUUAUGCUCAAAAUUACUCAUAACCCUGGCAGAUUAAGGUUUAAAGUAAUCUUUUAUAUUUUCUUUCACAAACAUGUUUCCUCUGACUGAAAGUAAUGUUAAGGUUUUGUGGUGGCUCAGCCAGAGUCCCGAUUGGAAACUUAUAGAGUACCUGGAGAGAACCCACGUAUACAUAGGGAGAACAUGCAGACUACAUUCAGAAAGACCCCAAGCAGCGACUCAAAACCCUCUGAUUCUUGCUGCAAUGUAGCAGUACUAACAACUGUGCCAUUGGGCAGCCCAUGAAUACAAACAAUUAGUUUUCUAUAAUUAAUACUACUUUACCAUUGUUUUACUAUUAUUAGAAGGCCAUCUGUCUAAUUUUCUACCAAAACCAAUGAAAAUAAAUCUAAAUCUGAAUAUAUUUUGGCUUAACAGUAUAAUAUUGCUGAAUUUCUUCUGUAUCUUUAUUAUGAUUGAUACCUUUGAACCCUGAGAUCCUUCUGAUGUUUUGUAACCUCUCGGCAAAUUGUGGCCUUUGCUAAAGUAUGAAAAUAGGUAAAUGUUAGGAAAAUCCUACAAGGACACCUGAGCUUUAUUUCAGGUUAAUACAAUUUUCUACAACCAAUGCCAGGUGUGAACUCAAGAAGGCUUAAUUCUUAAUUGGAAUCAAAAGAUAGUUGUAUUAGUUUAAGGUUGUGCACACACAUGGAACCAGCUUAUUACAUGUAUUUCAUAUUCAUUAUGUAACAGAUUUGUUUGCGUUUCAGUACAAUUUGUGCUGGAUAUGGGUCACAUUAGAGGUGGGAACUGUUUAGAAAUUAUAUAGCAUGGUCAAAUUUUUUACAUUAUACAAACCUGGCAUUUGAACAGGGGUGUUUACAAUCUUAUGAUCCACUGUAUUAAAAAAACUAGAGUCUAAAAACCGGUGGUAAACUCUAUGUGACUGUGUUACUCUGAAUGCACACCUUCAAAAGAAAACUGUGAAAGGUGCUUAUGUAAUUUUAGGAAGAUCUCAGACAUGUCCAUGAAAAGUCAAUAAGCUAAAAAUGACUGUAAUAUAUUGUGUGUAAAUUAUAACAAUAGUGUCUCUUAUGAGAUAGCAUUGGACAGCACUGGACAACAUGAAAACAACAUAGGAUGCUUAGAAACAUUUAGAGUCCUUUAGGUGCCUAUUGGCUGCUGUCUAAUUCUUAUUAAAAAAAAUAAUUCUGCCAGAAAGUGUACUAUGUAUCCAAACAUGUGAAAAUUCAGCCAAGUGCCACUGAAAACUUGAUUUUCAUUUAUUUAUUUAUUUAUUUAUUUUAAGAUUAUUAGGAUAAAUACAUAUUUCUCUGAUUUGAUGUUCUGGAUUGACUGAUUGUUGUCUUGUUAUUUUCUAAGUUACCUGAUGUGUAAACUUUAUUUGCAGUGUAUAUGUAGAAAGUGCCUAUUCAUUUCCUCAUAACACCAGUUGCAGAAUGCAUUCAGUGUACCUGAUCUUGAGGGAAUAUGCUACAUGACAACUUGUACCAUUACACUCACUCUCCUACACAUUACAAGUACAGCACUCCAGCUUGUCUACAUUAUGGCUUUCUUUUAGUUGUUCUGCCUCUUCCAUUUUCUACUGGAACAGCUUGACUUUUUUUUAGAAAUGCCACGAUCAGGGUUUGUUGCCUUGUGCUCAUCCUCUAGUUUGUGGUUAGAAUGCAUAUCCAAUGCAAAUGGAAAAAAGGUGGGAGAAGGAUUUAUAAUGCUUGCAUGGAGCACUAGUUAACUGGGUGACCGAGCUGCACCUAUAGCAUGCUUAUUUUCUUUGGACUGGUAGUCAGAUAAACUUUUUUAAUACAUAAUGUUUCCAUAACAGUGAACAGCUGGUUUGGUGUAUCACAUAAGAGGAACUGUGGUUGUGGGGUGUGUGGAAAACCUGCAAAUUAAGACAAUGAUCAGUACUCGGUAGCUACUGAUGUCUUCAUUGCAGAGCAUGAGGACAAAGUUAUAUUUCACAUCAACUUUCUUAGAUGUUUAAUUUGCUUUUUAUUGUUCAUUUAGACUCAGUCAGUGUACCACCAAAUUUACUAAUAGGACAGAUGGAAACAUGAGCAUUUAGUGUUGGUUAACCUCCCUUUUGUAUUUUACUCAGGGUGCCAAAAUGGGGAGGAGGAAACAGAGCAAAACAUGUGUUUCACAUCAGAGGAAGCUGAAACUAAAAAUACAAAUGGUUAAAAAAAACAAUAUGUAGCUGAUGAUUUCAUUCUAAAAUCUUUGAAGUGAAUUAAUACAGUAAAAUUCCUUUCAGUAACCCUGAACAGGUGGAACCCUAAAAUAGAGUUCAUUCAUAUAUAGUUCUAUGAGAUGAAUGACUUCUAUUACGAAAACCUGCAUAUGUCUUUAGGCUUUUAAUUUAUAUAAAUGACAAAAUGUAGGGGUAUUUAAUAUUAAGUGUAGUUCUAUGAAAACUGCAACUACAAAUCUUGUUUUUACUGCCAUUAGUGAGGGAGAUGAUAGGCACACUUGUUUAGCACACAUUUAUCAUUUAUUUAAGAUGUUCUGCGAGUUUACCUGAGAGUCUGCCUUUCCUCCUCUUCCUUUUUCCAAUGCACCCAAGCUGCAGAAAGGUAGGCACAUCAGGGCAACAGAACAGAAACUACUUUUGCAGUAUGAUCCACGUGUUGAAACGGAGCAAUAAAGAAACUAUUUUGUGGAGCCCUACAGGCCUAGCAAAGUUUAAAAUGACUGGACACGUGUAGUCAACUCACUCUUUAUGCAAAUGCCAGUAUUGCAAGACAAGCAUUCAGUAGUUUAUUGACAGCAAUUAUAUGGCACCCUUUACCGAAUUGCACGUUUUCAUCAAUUCCAAACUGAAGAAGAGAAAAAAAGGCCCUGCUUUGAUAGAAAGUUAUGGGUCCUCGACACUUUUGCAUGUGAACUAGUGUUAGAUCUCUAUUCCUCUCCUCUAUAGCUGUCUUUCUCUG